AUGCCUUUGCCAAGCAAAGCCAGAGUUUAUGCUGAUGUUAACACAAAAAAGCCUAGUGAAUAUUGGGAUUAUGAAUCUCAUGUUGUUAAUUGGGGAAAUCAAGAUGAUUAUCAGUUAAUAAGAAAAUUAGGAAGAGGCAAGUACAGCGAGGUCUUUGAAGCAAUCAAGUUGCAGAAUAAUGAAAAAUGCGUCAUUAAAAUUCUCAAAUCCAGAACACCAGCACUCGUGUUUGAGUAUGUAAACAACGUUGAUUUCAAACAACUCUAUCCAACCCUCACUGAUUAUGAUAUCAGAUUCUACAUUCUCGAAGUGUUGAAGGCACUUGAGUAUUGUCACAGUCAUGGCAUUAUGCAUAGAGAUGUUAAACCACACAACGUCAUGAUAGACCAUGAUCUAAAAAAGUUACGACUCAUUGAUUGGGGAUUGGCAGAGUUCUAUCAUCCAGGCCAGGAAUAUAAUGUAAGGGUGGCUUCGAGGUAUUUCAAAGGUCCCGAGCUCCUACUUGAUUAUCAGCUGUAUGAUUAUUCAUUGGAUCUGUGGAGUUUGGGCUGCAUGUUUGCAAGCAUGAUUUUCAAAAAAGAACCUUUUUUUCAUGGGCACGAUAAUUAUGAUCAGCUGGUUAGAAUAGCUAAAGUAUUGGGCACGGAAGAGUUGUUGGAAUAUAUUGAUAAAUAUCAAAUUGAAUUGGAUCAGAGAUUCCAUGACAUUCUCGGCAGACAUUCUCGUAAGAGGUGGGAGAGAUUUGUUCAUGGAGAGAAUGAACACCUGGUGUCGGUGGAGGCCUUGGACUUUCUGGAUAAGUUGCUACGAUAUGACCAUCAGGAGAGACUCACUGCAAAAGAGUCGAUGGACCAUCCUUAUUUUGAUAUGAUUUUAAAAGGAGCCUACAAACCUCCAGAGAAAAUAAUUCUGGGAUUGUCUUCUGCAUCAACACAAUCUCAAUUAUCUGGUGUAGCCAGAACUAGACGGGACUAUUUGUACUUCAACGAUCUUUUUAUUUUCAAAGACCUUCCCUAUCUUGAUCUCUACAAGUGA